GACGGGGGUUGGAGAAGGAAAGGAGGGGGGAAUCCAAGAGAGCAUGCUCAGUCCUGAGAGACGGGCUACUGGAGCACACAUGUACCUUCCCUGUGAAGGAUACACACUCUCAUGAGCUUUCUACUCUUUUAUGAACACCCCAUGUGAAGAUAUGAACAAGAAGAUGUUGGUGAUUUGACAAAACUGGUGUGAGGAUUCACUUUUGGACCUUGAACAGAUUUGUACAAAGGAUGCAUUAAGGAAGCUCUGCUUUUGGGGUGCACUUUGACACAAUGGCUCAGUUUUACAGCUGCUUUGGGGACAAAAAUUAAGACAUGAAACGUCGGACGUCAUCGCAGAACUCUGGCAUUGGAGGCAGUCCAAGUGAUUGUGACAUCAUGGCCUCGGGAUCUCCAGAUGUCACAGUCUCUACUGAACCAUCAGAAGCUGCAGAAGAGUGUUCAGGGAAAAAGAAGUCCAAAUUCCAGACGUUCAAGAAUUUUUUUGUAAAGAAAAAGAGAAAGGAAAGUCCUGCACCUUCGAGUGAAAGUGGUUUGAAGGCCAGUCAAUCGAGUGACGACGUCAACACCUCAGAGCCAACCAUCAGCCACGCCAACAGUGAUGACCACGGAUCCAAGAUGAACUUGGGAAGCAAAGCCAUGUCACAUGAUAGUGUCUUCGUGUCUGAUUCGCUCUCAUCAGAGACUAAUGAGGGUCUGGGGGCGUCCCAGGACAGCAAUCAUGGGAAAGUGAAAUCUCUACAGCUGCAGCUGAAGCAGGCGAUUUGUCUGGGCUCUCCGCCAUCACUCCUCUGCGGGAGGAAAGAAGAGGACGCAGGGGCUCUUUCUGAAGAUGAUGGUCUUCCCUGCAGCCCCCCGGAGUAUUCCAGCCUCCACACUGUGCUGGCCACACCUCCUCACACAUCGGUGGAUUUGACCCAGAGUUCCUUGAGCAUGGAGGCUUCAGACAGUGAAGAUGAUCAGAUAUAUUAUGAAGCUUCUUCGAGACCCGGCACACCUCAGGGCUCCGUCCCCGUAGACUUCAGUUUGCCCGCCAGCUCCGUCUCCUGCUUAGACAGCUCAGCUGCCCGUCACCGCAUCGCUGUCAAAGCCAACGCUUGUGUCAAGAGAAAGCCUGCCAGCAAGCAAAUGUUGGACAAGAGAAGGGACCUGAGAGAAAGAGUGCUACUCAGAGACAAAGAGGACAAAAUGCGGAUGAUGGUCACAAGUAUUGGAGAAGAACAGAAAAAUUUGUCCAGAGAACGGGUGAAUGAUUCAGACGGUGAAUCAUUUGCUUCUGAAGAAGAGGAAGUGACUUCUCCAACAUCCUCCAUCUCAGCCGGAGACGUCUCUGAAGGAGAGGAACAUGUUCCUGCUGAGGAUCACGUCCCCAAGUCUGAGGUCCCAGAAUCCUCUUGGGAGCGUCCAGUAACACUCGAGCUGCAGGCCGAUGACUUCCUGUUGGACACAGGAUGUGAGGUCAUUCCUGAGGAGCAGGGGUCACUGCUGGAGGAAGUGUUGAGCUCCCUGAAGAGCCCUCUUGCAUCAGGACUAGCACUGGAGCAUGAGAAUAUGCUUCUUCAGAGUGAGGUGGAAUUCAUAAACAGUGAGAGCGUGGUUUCUCGGCUUGAGGAAGGCAACAAAGAUCUUCUCGAUUCCUCAGAGCCUAUGGUGACCACAAAGGAGCAGGUUCCUCUACCAGACUCGCUUUCAGAGUCAUCUGUAGAUUCAGAAGAGAUCUCCGAGGAUACCACAGAGGAAGAGGAGCUGCUGGAGGUGCCAGAGUCUGCUGAUGCAGGUCACCAAGUGCCUGAAGCUGAUGACGAGAAACAAGCAGAAAAGGCUGAAAGUGCCGAAGAGGACGAAGAGUUAUUAGAAUCGCCAAAAGCUUUUGCAGUAAAUGUGACCGAGCAAGAUGAAGAUGCUGUUGAGGAUGAAGCUGAAAUGGAGACAGAAACCAAAGACGCUGGAGAUGAAGAUGAUGAAUUGCCGGUGGUGGAACCUGAGCAAAGGGAGGACUCUACUUAUGAUGUUGAACGUCAAGAGGUCGGAGGUCAGACAGGUUCUCUAGAGCCUGAGAAAGAUGAGACUUCAGGUGACCAAAGAGAAUCAUCUGCAGUCAAUGUGGAGAACAUUCCUGAAUCUGAUCCGACAGUCAGAGAUGAUGUCUGGAGCUCAUCAGAGACCAGUGAUGAGCCUGAAGCCUCUGAAGCUCCACCAGAGACGCCUGUCGAGGUCCUUCUUUCUACUGUGGCUCCUGUGCUAGAGAGUCCAGUUCUCCAUUCUCAGUUGUCUCCUGUAGAUCAAGAAGAGCAACCUGAGCCCAACAAGCUGGAUGUGUCUGGUGAGCCUCAGAAAGUGUCUUCAGAAAAACUUGAGGUUGUUUCUGAGCAGCAAGAUCAGCAAGUUUUUGAGUCGCCUACAAGAGAACUGACGGGAAUCGCUGAGGUUCGACCUCGGUUCACCAUCACCCCUGCGUGGCAAAGGUCAUUGGCUUCUGGAGGCGCCCAAGAGCAGUCCCAGACCAUCUCAGCGGUGCCACCAGAGACUAAUGCUUCUGAUGAAUCUCCCCAAACAGCUGAACUCAUUACUCCUGUAAAAGAAGCAGCCCGAACUCAGAGUUCCCCAACACUUCCUGUGAGGAAAGAGACGCCCCAUGCUCAAGAAGAGACGACCCUAGAGACCCCGUUUGGAGUGCGUUUGAGAAAGACUCCAGUCCUGCACCGCUAUGGUUUAGAUGGAGAAUCGCCUUGGAGCCCCGCGCAAACAGAGUCUUCAGGGGCGCAGGAGACCCUGGACCAUGACCAGAGUGGCAGGAAGCCCAUCCCACCAAAGAAGCCCGAUCUGCUAGUUGACACUGUGAUGUCGGCCAGAAAAAUCCCAGAUACAGGGGGAAGAAUAUCUGUUGGUAGCAGCGAGUCUCCAAGCUGGAUCUCUGUGGCCAGACAGAAGCAGAGGAACUUCAUCGAGAACUCGCCAGAAAACUCUCCAGAGAAACUUCCCUCGCAGGGGGACGUCAAAAGACAGGAUUCACCGGACACUUUAUCAAAUCCAAUCGCCAAAGAGCAACUGACACAGCCAUGUUCACCUUUACAAGUGUUCUGCUCCCUUGAACUGAACAACACAUCCACAUUAGAGAAGGAAAGUAAGAGAAGCGCUAACCCGUCCGCUGAACCUUUGGCCCAAGAUGAGCCUCCCUGGCUGGCUCUCGCUAAGAAGAAGGCCAAAGCAUGGAGUGAAAUGCCCCAAAUUGUUCAGUGAAAAGCCCAGCUGGCAAAUGGACUUCAUAAUUCUCCUCUAUAUUUUACAUACACAUGAACAAAACUUUGCUUAAUCAGCCCGGUGUCAUUUAUGUUUUUUGACGUCGUAAAGCAGACGGAUGCACAGUAGACUGGGGCUUAUGGGUAUUACGUUGCAUUUGUAAUUUGGUUUGCAACAAAAGACAUUUACAUUAGUUCAAACAGACUGUCACAGGUCAGAGUUCAGAAUGCUUCAAACUGAGGAAAACAAUCCUAACAGGUUUUGCAUACAAAAAAAAACAUUCCAAAAAUUUGAAAAUGAUGAGCCGCCAUCAAAGCUUUAUUUAGUGUUUUUAUUUAGGACUGUGUGGAGACCGUCACUGCUCUUUAUUAAGUAACUUUGCUAUGUUCUGUUAUAGCCUUGAAAGUUAGUAACACAGUUAUCAUGAAUGGAGCUGAAGGUGUCUUUGUAUUUAUUUAUCUCACUCUUGUAUGUUUUAUGUAUUUUUGUAUUUACGUGCACACGUUUUGUGACUUGUACAUAAAAAA